AUGGCAGCAGCUCCUGCUCCAGUCUCUGCUCCAGUUCUCAGCCAAAAGCAACGUCGGUCUGCAUUGAGAAAGGAAAGAAGAAAGCGAAAACGUCAAGCUUUGGCUCAGUCCAAAGAAAAUGGUGUAAAUGAUGAAGACAAUGAAGAGGUUGAUGAAGCUGUAGAUGACAACGAGGAAGAGGACAUUGAGGAAGUGCAAAGACAGCGUCUCCACGAGCAGUGGUUGGAGAGGGAGCGUCUGGCUCAAGAGGAAUUCAAGCUGAAGAUGGAGAGAGAGGAGGCUGCGCAGAGACGAAGGGAAGAGGAAGAGCGACUGAUCAAAGAGGAAUGGGAGGCGCGCCAGAGGAAAGAGCAGGAGGAGCAGGAGCAGAAGAAGCAGGAGAGGAGAGACAGAGAGGAGGCUGUUCAGAAAAGGUUGGACGAAGCAGAGAGUCAGUUAGAAAAAGGAGCGACCUGGAUGAAUCCUGAAGCUCCGAAUGAAGGCUCAAAAAACUAUGGCACCGAGCGAGACGUGGCCAACUGUCCCUUUUUCCUCAAGACGGGAGCUUGUCGAUUUGGAGACCGAUGUUCCCGUAAGCACGUCAUCCCCAGCAGCAGCACAACGCUCUUGAUCCGCUCCAUGUUCUUCACCUUCGGAAUGGAGCAGUCAGAACGCGACGACUUCGACAUGGACUCGAGUCUGGAGCACAGCGAGGAGGAGCUGCAGGAGCAUUUCAUCGACUUUUACCACGACGUCCUCCCGGAGUUCAGGAGCAUCGGGAGAGUGGUGCAGUUCAAGGUUAGCUGCAAUUACGAGUCACACUUGAGAGGAAAUGUCUAUGUCCAAUUCGAAACGGAGGAACAGUGUCAAGCGGCUUGGAUAAAGUUCAAUGGGCGCUGGUAUGCAGGACGGCAGCUCCAGUGUGAGCUGUGUCCUGUCACUCGCUGGAAGAAUGCCAUCUGUGGUUUGUUUGACAGACGGAAGUGUCCCAAGGGGAAGAAUUGCAACUUUCUACACGUUUUCCGCAAUCCGGGCAACGAGUUUUGGGAGGCGGACCGGGACAUUUCGCCCGAUAGGACAAACCGAGGAGGCGGAUGGCAUUCCGAGAGACGCAGCGACCGAUCAUGGAGACAGCAAAGUCCGUCCCGGUCCGAGAGGUCCAUUUGA